AUGGGCGGAUUUUCAAAGUCGAGAUCAUUUCUCGGCGAUACUAUAUCAACUGUUUCAACACCUUUGCGAAGUAGCUUUGAAAUAAGUUGUCGAUCCCCUGCUACACCCAGGAGACCAUACUCGAUUAACAAAGAUGGACAUAAGGGAUUGCAGAUUGAUGUUGAAAGCUCGAGAAGAGGUUUACCAUAUGGUGACUCGCCGUUUCUACAAACGCCACGAACCUUUCUAUCAACGCCAAAUGGUCGUCUUGAAAGUUCAAAACCAAAAGAAUCUGAUGAUGAGGAUGAACAUUUCGAUUCAUAUUCAAGUACCACCUUAGUAUCACCAGCCGAGUCUUCAAAUUUUGAUCCACGCACUCCAUUAUUCCAUAACGGUCCGGGAACAUCAGAAGUUUCUAAACUUGGUACAUUCUCCACCAUCAAUAUCAUAGUAGGCAAGACAGUCGGAGUAGGAAUAUACUCAAUACCCAGCUCCAUUCUCCAAUCUGUAGGAAGCGUCGGAGCAAGCCUUACAUUAUGGGUCAUCGGAUCCCUCAUUUCAUUUUGUGGUCUCGCCGUCUACCUAGAUCUCGGAACCGCAUUUCCUCGAUCGGGAGGUGAGCGCAUCUAUCUCGAGAGAAUAUUCAGAAAACCCCGAAUGUUAGCUACAUGUGCAUUUAUGAGUUAUGUCGUGCUUCUUGGUUUCUCUACCCCAAAUUGUAUCGUGUUGGGUGAAUACAUAAUGUAUGCCCUCGAAAUCGACGCCAAUAGAUGGAACGUUCGCAGUAUCGCCGUUGCCGUUAUCACACUCACAUGUAUCAUCCAUGCCCGAUACCCAAGAACCGGUCUCCGCAUAAUCAACAUCCUCGGAGUAGGGAAAAUCUUUUUCGUCCUCAUCGUCAUCCUAUCCGGACUCGCCGGUCUCCUCAUGCGCAUCGGUUCCACAUCAUCAAUCAUCCCCCGCCGUCUCAAUCUCAACACCGAAUACAUCCCCGGUGCAAACUCAAACCUCAGCACCGCUCAAAGAAACUUCACCAACCUCUUCUCCAACUCCUCCACCCAACCUCACGACUACGCCACCGCCCUUCUAAAAAUCCUCUACUGUUUCCGCGGCUACAGCACCGCAAACCAAGUCCUCUCCUCGAUCCGCAACCCCAUCCCUACUCUCUGCACCGCCGCCCCUAUUGCCCUUUCCCUCGUCUCGGCUGCUUACAUCCUAGCCAACAUUGCCUAUUUCCUCGUCGUCGAACUCGACGAUUUUCGCUCCGCCGGUAUUGUCGUCGCGGGUCAUUUCUUCAGAAAUGUCUUUGGUCAGAUUGGAGGAAAUAUCUUGCCCAUAGCAGUUGUAGUAAGUGCGUUUGGAAAUAUCGCAGCGACGAGUUUUGCGCAGGCGAGGGUAAAUCAGGAGUUGGGACGCGAUGGCUUAUUACCAUUCUCGCGUUUCUUUGCCGGGAAAGGAGACGAUGCACCGGUUCCUGGACUGUUUCUUCAUUGGUUUGUUUCGGUUUUGGUUAUUGUCGUUCCGCCACCAGGGGAAAUCUAUAAUUUCCUGGUCGAUAUUGGCGGAUAUCCUGUUUCUAUUAUCUCGGUUGCUAUUUCGGGGGGUUUACUCUAUUUGCAGUCCACGCCAGCGGAAAAUUAUGUAUCCCGGUUUAGAGCGAAGAAGAUAUAUACGGUGGUUUUUAUGCUUACUAAUUGCUUGUUGUUGAUUCUACCUUGGAUUAAACCGGUGGAGGAGAAGGGCGAUGGCAGGUUUCCGUAUUAUGCGUAUCCGGCGACUGCAUUGGCGACACUGGGGAGUGGGGUGGUUUAUUGGGGGUAUUGGAGAGUCAGGGGGGGAUGGGUGGUGGGGAGAGAAUAUGUAUAUGGGAGGAUGGUUGAGGAGGAUAAUGUGUAUGAGGGAUUGCGACAGGAUGGAAGCAAGAAGAAGAAAGAGAUGACAGAUGAGAGUUGGAUAGAAGUGAAGGGGAAAAAGCAAGGGGAAGAUAUGAAUGUGGGUGGUGUGAUUGUGGGGAUGGAAAGUGGAAGUGGAAGUGGAAGCGCAAUGAGAAUGGGAACGGGAACGGGAACGGGUUGUGCAUGCAAUUGUGUGUGCAUGAAGAAGAGAAAUGUUAAUGUUGAAGAGGGGGAUGAGAGUCGAAGGACUUGA